GGCUCCGUCAUAUAUACGUGAAGCCAGCUUCCCUGAAAACCAUAGCAAUCUCGCUCGCUGCCGAUUGAGGAGGACAGCGUUGCUUCAGGAGCUAGAAUCUCUUAAUCUAAGAAGAUGCAGAACGAAGAGGGUCAGAUCACCGAGCUUUACAUCCCGAGGAAAUGCUCUGCGACCAACAGGUUGAUCACAUCGAAGGACCAUGCCUCUGUCCAAAUCAACAUCGGCCAUCUCGAUGCAGAUGGCAUCUACACUGGCCAGUUCACCACCUUUGCACUCUGUGGUUUCGUCCGUGCUCAGGGAGAUGCUGACAGCGCAAUCGACAGGCUGUGGCAGAAGAAGAAGGUCGAAGCCCGACAGUAAUCAUAUUUCCGGUGCUUUGCUUUGUCUUAGGUUUGUCGUAUGAAGUAAUGUUUUUUAUUUAAACCACGACUUAAGUUUCUCAAGAACUGAAACAUUCCUUGCUUUUUGCUUUCGCAUUGUGCUGUUUUUCACUUUGGGAAAAAGUGGUCUUUUCGUUGUGUUUCUUUCA